AUGGCUUCCUCAUCAGAUCCGUCCCGCAGGGAAAAGGGUCCAGCCACACAAGGUUCGCACACGGCAACACGCGACCUCUUACGGAAGAAGGAACAGCGUCGCCGUGGAAUCCGAGCCUCCUCGCCUAUGGGUCGGGUCAUCCUCAUCAACUCUCCUGUAGAUGGUGGAGAUGAUAGUGAAGACCUCCACACAGUCACAGUGGAUAAGAGUGUGGACGGGAAGCUCGGCUUCAGUGUGCGUGGCGGCUCGGAGCACGGCCUCAGUAUUUUCGUCAGUAAGGUGGAGGAUGACAGCACGGCGCAGGAGGCGGGCCUACAGGUCGGAGAUAAGCUGGUGGAGGUGAAUGGCGUCAGCCUGGAGAGCAUUACCAUGAGCAGCGCCGUGAAGGUGCUGACGGGCAACAACAGGUUAAGGAUGGUGGUGAGGCGAGUGGGGAAAGUUCCCGGCAUCCGCUAUUCUAAGGAGAAGACAACCUGGGUGGACCUGGUCCACAGGCGGAUGGUGGUGGAGGAGAGCGGGCGGACACCUUCAGAAGCCAGUUCUGACAGCGCUCUGCAGAGGAUCGUCCACCUUUAUACCACCUCUGACGACUACUGUCUCGGCUUUAACAUACGAGGGGGAAAGGAGUUUGGUCUCGGCAUCUACGUCUCCAAACUGGAUCCAGGCGGUUUGGCCGAGCAGAAUGGGAUUAAGAUUGGAGACCAGAUUCUGGCUGCCAAUGGUGUGAGCUUUCAGGACAUCAGCCACAGCAGUGCUGUGGAGGUGCUGAAGAGCCACACACACAUCAUGCUCACUAUGAAGGAAGCAGGGAGGUACCCUGCUUAUAAAGAAAUGGUGGCAGAAUACAGGUGGUUGAAUAAAUUGGCCAAUGGUACUCAGCCAUCUUCCUCCCAGGCUUCAGACUCCAACUCUUCAACCUCCUCUCUGUCAUCUGGGACCCCGGUCAGCUCCCUGAGUGGCCUGUCUCAAGUCAUGUUUCCGCACAGCUUGCCGUUCGGUUCAGAUAUGGUGGACGUUUGCAUCUCUACAGAGGACUUGAGGUCUGAGUCUGAACUAACAGACUCCGCCAUCCAGACAGAUUUUUCCGCUCAGAGAAUGGAAACGGACACCACCCGCAGCCUGGGACCAACCACACUGCUCAAAGACACGGCGAUCCGUGGAGAGGAGAGCAGGAGGUGGAAGGAGUCUCCCAAAACAGCUGUGCUGCUGGCGCUCAGCAGACCAAGUCGACCAAUCAGCAGGUCACAGAGCCAAGUCACUGUAGCAGAGAUCAAUCAGAAGAAAGACAAGAAGAAGCAGAAAGAGAAGCAAGCAGAGGAGAAAAGCACUCUGCAGCGCUCAAAGACCUUUGUUAACCUGCUGUUCAAAGGAGGGCGCAAGAGAGACGCCUCAGGUGGGCGCUCCAAAUCACCAUUCAGAGAAAACAAAGAGGGACGAAAUGUCAGUGUGAUGCCAAACUCAGAGAUGCUUGGCGUGGUGGAGGACAUGGCGCGAAGGCUGCUGACGGAGGAGGAGGUGGCUGCUGUGAUGACGGCAUGCCGAAUGUAUACAACAGAGAGGUCAGUGGAGAACUUGAUACGCCACCUGCUGGUUGUGCUGGACAGACCUGAAAAGCUGCUGCUUCUGAGGGAAGUCAGACUUGUGCUUUCGCCAUCUGAUCUGAGUGUUUUCAACAACAUGGUGACCGCUGUUGAAGCUGAAGCCUACGAUCUCCUCAAAUAUCGGUCAGUCCGAACUCCUCCUCUACGCUCCCCCAUUUCUGGUCGAGCCCCCAAACGGCGCCUCAUCACACCCAUCCCAGAUUAUAGGGGUGGCUUUGAGCUCCACAGUGCUGAGGAGGUGGAAAAAGAGAGCCACCUGCUGGAGGAGCUGGAGAAGCUCAGCCUGACUGGCUCUCAGGGAUCCAGGGGGAGAACGAAGACCUCUAGUUCUUUCUCAGCUCUUCUGGACAUACCUGUGGACGGAUAUAAGCCAGAGUCCAGAAACAUCAGGUCCCGCUCUGCUGGUCCCUUGCUUCCCAACUGGCUGCUGGCCCACAGCAGUGACUCCCCACCUCCUCUCCGUACAGACAUUGGCACCGUUCGCUCCGUCCACUUUGAUGAGGCUUCUCUGCGCUCAUCUUCAGAUAAAGUGGAGACAAACUCUGAGAGGGGAAGGACUUUCUUCAGGAACAGCCACUCUCAAGGCAGGAGGGAGAGAAGUGCAGAUAGGAGUAAGAACGGUGCGUUCACCGUGCAAAGUGCGAACCGUAGGAGCCGACCCUUGCUGUCGCAGGUGUUUGGUACGAGUCAGGAGCGACAGAUGAACGGUCAUCGGACUUCCUCAGAGAACAGGCUCAACGGUACUGAGCCUGAACAGGAGCAUCGACUGAAGACAGUCAGCAUCUCCAAGACCAAACAGUCUCUGGGCAUCAGCAUUUCUGGUGGGAUCGAGUCAAAGGUACAGCCAACCGUGAAGAUCGAGAAGAUCUUUCCUGGAGGAGCCGCCUCCAUGUGCGAGGUGCUUAAGGCUGGAAUGGAGUUGGUGUCUGUGGAUGGAGUUUCCCUCCAAGGAGUGACCCACCAGCAUGCCGUUGACAUCAUCCGCAAAGCCUUCAGCAACAAGGCCAAAGACCCCAUGGUGUUUGUGGUCAAAGUUCACAAAAACCUCUAAAAAGACAAGUUUGAGCUUAAUUAGUGAGAAUUAAAGAAACACUGACUUGCAGAGCUGUAGGAACAGAGGUCAGGUAUGUCAUUUCACCAUUAAUUUCAAAGAGAGCAACAUGCUGCGUAUGAUAAAACAAACAACCUGGAUGAUCAUAGGAAUUAAGGAUUAUGAAAAAACCAUUGUAAAAAGUUUUGUUCUGAUUUUGCAGCUACAUUCAUCCAUUCAAAGAGUCAUUUUGAAAAGUGGUGAAGAACAUAUCUGUAUUUGUACAGUAAAGUCAUUUGAGUGCCUUUUAAACUUUUAUGACAGUUUAUGCCUUUUUCAACCUGCAGAGGGCAGAUAUGAGCCAUUUAAACAAAAUCAAAUGUUACAGAAAAACUUUAAAUGUCAACCAAAGUAGA